UAAAAAAAACGCUGACACAUAAAUUUUGCCCAUUCUUUUAUCAAUUUUCAAAUAAAUAACCGACAAAUUAAUCGAUAUCGAUAUCACACCAUUAUCGUCAAUGACAACCACCACCAACACUAGUACUACUCAAGAAACAUUCACGGCAUUUUACGACGGUUGGUUGAACCGCCAUAACACCCUUCAACAACAACUAACAACCAUCAUCCGACAAUCCAACAACAACAUUAAUGUCGAACACAACGAGCAACUUCACAAAUUAAUCCAACAAGUAUCUACUCAUUACCAACAAUAUUUUGACCAAAAAUCAUUAGCAAUUGAAGAAGACAUAUUUUUAGUAUGUUCUCCACCAUGGUUCACUCCAUUUGAACAAGCUCUGUUUUGGGUAACAGAGUAUCCACCUUCACUUGUUUUUAGGUGUCUUAAUGACCUAAACUUGACAACAGACCAAGCCCAAAAAGUCGAAACGGUUCGGGCCGAAACCGCGAGAAAGGAAUUGGAGAUAGGCGAGGCUAUGGCAAUGGUUCAAGAAAGUUUAGCCGCGGCUCCAUUGUACGGGUUGGUGAACCGGGCUGAAAGAUUGGUGGAUGGAGAGAUUGGUGAAUUGGAUGAUGCGAUGGAGGAAGUAAAGGAGGCGAUGCGGGUGGUUUUGGUGGCGGCGGAUGGGUUGCGGGGGAAGGCGGUGGGGGAGGUGUUGUCGGUUUUGGAGGUGGCCCAAAAGGUUAAGUUUUUUGCUGCAAUUGGGGAGUUUCGUAUUAGGGCUAGACGGGUCGGGUUGGGAAUGGGUGGUGGAUAGGUUUGGUUUGGUUUAUUUGAAUUAAGUAUUAGUUUUUUGUAAUGUGAAUAUAUAUCCACAUGUGAUAUAUACACAAUUAACUUUUGGCAAGCUAGUGGCGAUAUAUUCUAUAAGUUUUUGUCGUCUGAUACGUUGAUUAUCGAUAUUGUUUGUAACAGAUGAAAUGAAAUAUAGAUAUAGAUUUGGUUUGA